AUGGCUCAGACCUCCUUGAAAAUUAGGCUGCAGGGUUUGGAAUGCCACUUCACCUGGAAGCUGGACGACAGCAGAUCUAAACUGGAAAGUCUCAGAGAAACCCUGAUAGACAUCAUCAGCAGCGAGGGGGUUCAAUGUUCCUGGACGGGUCAUCUGUACAACCUCCUGGCUUACCUACACCACGCUUUGGGCUCCACAGAGGACGCUCUUCACUGCCUGAAGAAGGCUGAAGAGGCCAUUCGCCUAAACUGCCCAGACGACGUGGAGCUAAGUCUGGUGGUCCACUAUGGGAACUUGGCCUGGGUGCACUAUCACCAAGGGGAGCUGACAGAGAGCCAGACCUAUGUGGAGAAGGUGGGGAGACUAUUGCAGGACAACCCCUUGCACUGCCCAGGUGUAGUGUGGGGAGAAAGGGCCUGGACUUUGAAUAAGUUUGAUGUAAGCAAGAGGAAGGCAGCGGUAUAUUGCUUCCGGAUGGCCUUGAAAGGGGAUCCUGAGAACAAGGUGCUGCGCUGUGGCUACGCCAUAGCAUUUAGUAAAUCUGUUGAUAGGAAAGACAUUACCCCGAAGCUGCGAUCUGAGAUGUUGGAGCACCUACAGAUUGCUAGAGAAUUGGAACCAGAUCAUUUGACCAUCACAGUGAUGUACCUGCAGAGGCUUGCAGCAAGUGGCCAGGUUGAGGAAGCACAUAAACUUGCAAAGGAAGUGAUAGAGAAGCCUUUGGACAGCUUUGGUGGAUUUGGACUCUUACUAUCAUUUUUCAGAGAAUACGUCUCUCAUGAUUCAAGCAUUGACCUGGCAAGAAGGACCCUGGAGAGACACCCUGAUUCACGCCAACUGAAGAAGCGUCUUGCGCAGUGUUACAAAUGGAAGAUUUUCUCUCCAGAAGAGAAAAGGAACCCAAUGAGGCAUAUUCUGAUUGAAAAUGCAGUCAACCUUUAUGAAGAGGUGGUCGCAGUCUACCCAAAAUCCCUUGCAUUAAAACUGGAACUGUCUGCCAUGUACAAAGAAUCUGGCAGAGUUGAUAGAGCAGAUAAGAUAUUCGAGGACCUGCUUCUUGAUAGGGAAGGAAUGGAACCACAGGAUUUACAGAAAUUCUACAACAGGUAUGCCCAACAUCUGUUUUAUGCCAAACAAGAUGAUUCCAGGUCAAUUGAUUUCCACAAGAAGGCAGUAGAGAUUAUGCUACCCACCAGCCAACGUGACAGCAGUAUUCGUGUUUUGUUGUCCAUUGUCCAUAACGGAGAAGACAGAGCUGAGGAAAUUGUUGACUUUCUGGAUGGACUUGAUGGAGAAGGUGCUGUUAGCCGGUUCUAG